GCUCUGAUUGAAAGGUUUUCAAAGACACUUGCACUGGUUUUGUAGACAGCUGCUUAAUCGAGGAACGCUUUUACUUCCAAUGACUGUAAUAUGUGCUUUUCUCACCUAUCUUAGUGGAAUGCACUGACUGUAAGUCUCUCUCUGGAUAAGAGCAUCUGCUAAAUGCCUUCUCAAACCUGUUUACAGUUGAAUGAGAAUCUUCUCCGUUAACUGUGUGUGUGUCAGGAACGUGACGACGGGGCAGCUGCUGCAGCGCAUCACUCUGGGAGAUGGUUUCACGGAUACGCUCUGCCUCCGAGGAUACUCCCUCUGCGUGAGUGGGGUGCUGUUUGUCCUGUUGCAACACCCGUCCCUGUGUGCUGUGGAGGAGGAAGAGGGAGGGGCUCUGUUCUCGCUGGUCGCCACCAACCCUCUGACUGGCACCGUCACCCUGGCAACCAGACUAGGCCUCCCCAAAGCCUGCACCGGGAGGCUGGUGGAGGUUGAUGUCCAUGGCUCCAGUGUUGUUGGGGUUUUCCGGUCUGGCUCCGUGUGUGUGUGGCAGCUUGGGAGGCGUCAGGCCCAGGAGGGGGUCUGGUUCCCAGAGCUGGGGUGUCAGCUCGCCCGUUGGGGGCCGCAGGGAACUGUCCUGAUGGCACACCUCAAUGGAGACGUCUGCUUACACCGCUACAGACCACUCUGAUCUACUAUAGACCACUCUGAACAACUACAGACCACUAUAUACCACUCUGAACAACUACAGACCACGAUAGACCACUCUGAACAACUACAGACCACUAUAGACCACUCUGAACAACUAUAGACCACUCUGAACAACUACAGACCACUAUAGACCACUCUGAACAACUAUAGACUACUAUAGACCACUCUG